AUGUUGGGCAAGGACAAGAGGUUGUUAUUCGAGUACGAUAUGCCCAAUCGUGGAGGGUUUUAUGGACGACGUAAUGAGGGACGGGAUCGCAGGCCGCCAUAUCGUGACUCGGAAUGGCACAGAAAUGAAGCGCAACGAGACCGUCGAUCUCCCAGGAACUUCCAGCCCCAACCUCCUCCCAUCUACCCGUGA